AUGAUAAAUGAAAAUGAUAAUUAUUUUUUUGGUCUCUUGUCACGUUUUCUUCUUACCUUUGCUGUUUGUACAUAUUGCUUUCGUUCGUUUUUUGCCUUAAAUUAUUUUUCACAAACAACAUUAUUUUUUACACUUGCUAAAUCAUCUUUUUCAGGAGCGUCAAGUUUUUCUGGUAUUAGUAUAACACCAAUGGGUCUAGGAGAAUCCAUAUUAAUGAGUCCUGGAGCUGAAAAUCAGCUAGUUCCAUUACCUGAUGAUUGGCGUUACACUAUUCAAAACAUGAUGUUGGAGGGUCGAAUAAUUCCUAUCCAUAAGGAUAACUAUAAGUUUCGUAAAGAAGUCGGUUCCGGUGCCUUUGGCUCAGUCUAUUCUGCUCGUCGUGUUUCAAAUCAUAAACCGGUAGCUAUCAAAGUGGUUACACUUGCCAAGCUGAAAAGUGGAGAAACAGAAGCGCUCGUUGAAUCAAUUCUUACCGAAAUUUCAAUGAUGCAUCGUUUGUUACGAGCAUCCAAACAUAUAGUGCACUUGUAUGAUUUUGACUUUCACAAUCAAACAGGUCUUGCUUUUCUUAUUAUGGAACUUGGCGAACAUGAUUUAGAAGCAGAACUAAAAUCACAACCUCGUCUCUCACCUGAGACAAGAAAACAAAUAUGGCGACAAUUAGUUAAAAUCGCUCUUGUUCUUCAUGAGAAUAAUAUUGUACAUCUUGACAUUAAGCCUCAAAAUCUUAUUGUGUUUCCUGGUAAUAUAAUCAAAUUAGUUGACCUUGGUAUCGCUCAAAAAGCACACCAACAUAGGGUUGGAAGUAAUGGUACCUGGUUAUAUUCGGCACCUGAAGUAAGACUGGUUCCAAAUCAUCAUGUGGCAUUGAAUACAUCAAAAUCAGAUGUUUGGUCAUGGGGUGCUGUUCUUUAUCGUAUGACUUAUCGCGUACCACCUGAUUAUAAACCUCCAUGCCAUCAUCCACCUAAAAAUCAACAUAAAUAUCGAGAUCCUGAUCUUGUCGAUAUACUUCGACAUACGCUCGUUCUUGAUCCAAAAGAUAGAGUAGGUCCUUCAUGGCUUGCUCGACAUCCAUAUACGAGAAAACAUUGA